AUCAACUAUAUAUUUUUUGUCGGUGAAUAAAUGUGUAUUAUAAUUUAAACAAAGACCAAAAUCAGCUGUAUAUUUUACAUAUGGUUGUAUACUGUACAUGUUAAAACCUAAUUUCCAUACCAGUACUACAAGUCAAACUAUUGAAUUCUGCAACUCUAAUUCAUCAUUAUGUGGCUUUGAAAACUAUUCAAAGUAGACCUAAUAGCUACUCGCUACCUGUCACUAUCUAGGUUUGAUUUCCAUAUUGCUUUAUUUCCUAUUGCCAAAUUUAAGAAAAUGAGUGAAUCACCAGAUGAGGAAGCUAGUGCUCCACCACUAAAGAAAGCUCGAUAUCAUUGGCAAGUUAAAAAUUCAAAAAGUCGUAACAGAAGGUGUGCCAGUGAAGAUGAGAAUGGAAACCCUAGUCAUAGUGUUGAAAAUACUUUGUGCAAUGACAAUCAAUCACAUUUGAAUAAUGACGAGAACAUUCUGUCAAAUAGCAUUGAUAUAGAUAGUGAUGAAGAUACCCUAUUAGAACAAAAUAACAAUGGUAGUACAGAAUUUAAGAUACUGAACAAAGUGAGGAAAUUUGUAAAUGGCCAAACACAACAAAUUGUUAAAACUAUGGUGUCUGAGACAAAUGACGAAAAUAUUGACUGUUUAGGUUCUGUUUUAGUAGAACCUGCGAUUAAUAAUAAUCAUUUAGAUGAAACCAAUAAUGUUAGUGCUUCAACAUCAAAUGCUAGUAACAGAUUGUUUUCAGGGCCUUCUGAGACUAUACCAGACAUUUCUCAUAAUUCUGAUGAUCAGCCUGAAAUUCCAGAUGUUGUGAAUGAUAGGGCUGCUGCACCUAGAUUAGACUAUGUUUCUCGCUGGCAGAGUCAACAAAAAGCAAAAGCUAUCGUUGACAAUGCAAUUAAUAUGACUUUAGAAGAAAUGGGUUUGACACCUGAUUUGGAUCACAAUUUGCCUAUAUUAGAUCGUCUUCAUGUAGAAGAUGAAAGUAUUAGUGAAGCUAUUCGGCGACGUGGAUUAUUUCCUCAAGAAAACGAAGAUCAAGAUGCACUUCAAGGAACCAUAACACCUUUACUACACCAGUUAACACAGGUGUCAGAUCGUGUUUUUGCCGACAGGUUAAAUAACAUGAGACUUUUUAUCACUAUACGUCAAACUGCACGCAAUCCAGAUGAUGGAUCGGAAACACCGCUAGAAUGGACUGAUGAGUUAGCCAUUAGAACUCUUCAAUCCAACAGUCAGGGAGGUAGUGAGACAUUAGUAAAUGAUGACAAUCCAAUUCCAAACCAAGCAUUUCAAUUGACACUUAAUUCUAAUCAAGGUCCAAAUCAACCACCUGAUGGAAAUGUUUCAGUGAUAGAUUCUUCUGACAAUGACUUUGAAUCUGAUGUUGAUAAUUAUUAUGACCAGUCUGAAAUAUUUGGUGAUUCAGUGUUAGAGGACAGUAAUGCUCAUAUUGAGCAUGUAGCAAAUGAUAUCAAUGUGAUUGACGAUAAUGGACAUGAAAAUAUUGAUACACCUCUGGUUCAAGCUGAACUGGAAAAUGAACUGGUAGAUGACAGUGAUUUAAUGAAUUAUGCAGUUAAUGCUGCUAUUAGUGCUAAAGGAUUAGCUGUUCCAAAGUGAAGUUUGCAUUCUGUCAUGUUUGUCCAUCCACAAGUAUUAAGGUGCUUUAGAAAAUAUUACUCAGUCAAAUAUCUGCUCUAAAAUUUAUCACAUAUUUCUCAGCAUUUCCAUGUCCAGUCAGUAGUUGUCCAUAGAGGCAUUUUGUGAUUUUCUCGUCUGUUUUCAUAAGCAGGUGGUCAGCCAAAGAGAAAUGCUAAUAAAAACCUGUCUUCAAUGUGUUAGCAAGUUGGACACAAUAAUUUAAAAAAAGGAAUGUUUUUCUGCUAUUUUUAUGAAAAACUUUCAUUCUUAAAAAUGUUGUAAAUUAUAAGCUUAUGUGUAAAAAAAUUUCUGAAAUAUGCUAUUUAUUUCUAUGUAUCUACUUGAUCAACUUGAAUUUGUUAUAAAAGGUUCUAAUUGUC